CCACUUCCUUUUCUACCCAUGCGCUCUUCCCCGUCUUCACAGUAGACAGAAGUCUGAUGCCUCUGGGUCAGGCAGGCAUGAAGGCAGUUGCUGUAACUUUCUGUGUCCUCUGCUUUCAGUUUGAAGCACUGUAUGGAGGUGGCAGCUGCUCAUCAUGUGCAUGCAAAAAUAUAGAUCAGGCCCAUGUCUCUGAUGGCGAGGUGAUGGUGGAAUUUGAAAAUGGAAACUUCCAUUUCACAUUCCCCAACCCCAAAAAUGUGAGUGAAUUCAGCAUGACCCUCUUCAAAGGGCAUGAAAAGAAGGAAAUAUGUGCACUCCAUCUGAACAAAGAGAGAGUUAUCUCCAAGAGUAAUGUCACCUACUGUCAGACACAGAAUUCAAGUAGCAGCACCACUUUCAUUCUUAAAAAUCUGGAAAAAAAACAUAUUGACGUUUAUACAUACUGCCUGGAGAUAUUCUUACCCCCUCCUUACAUAGAAUGCUCUCUGAAAGAAACCUAUUUGUACAUCCAAGAUAAGGAGGACUGCUUUUCACUUGGACUCAUGUUAUGGAUUAUUAUCGGUGUGAUCAUUUUUGCCAUUUCCUGUGUCUGCUGCGUUGUGGCCUGUUGCUUAAGGAACAAGAAUCAGAAGUGUGAAUCCAACUCCCAUGAGUACAACAGUGAAUACAUGCCCAUGGCAGCAGUGAACGCAGCUAAAAAACCAAGAAUCUGAGGUAUAAAUUGCCUGUGGCAUGGAAAUUUUGGGAAGAGUUUUGCAGCUACUUGAACUUGGACAAUGGGAAAUCAGCAUUUCCCCACCUUUCCCAGCUUCCCUGAGC